AUGGCAUCAGAGGACGAGGAUGAUGAACUUUUCUCAGAUCAUGAAAAAGAUUUUGGAGAUGAGUUGAUAUUGGAAUGGGCUAAGAUACUUUGUGGUUAUCAUGCAAUGCCUCUUCCCCAACGAGGAAGUGGGAUAGUUUUUCAGCCUCUUGAGCAUUUACAAGCUAUUGAGUAUAAGCGGCCUCCAACCUCUGACUUUGGAUUUUGUGAUAGUUAUCUAGCUUCAUUUGAAGCAGCAGAGGUCAAUGCAAAGUUAGCUGCUGCUGAGGAAGCUCUUGCACUGUCAAUAUGGACAACAGCAACCAUAUGCGGUUAUAAGUCUGAUACAUACUUCUCCUUCCAGGUUUUGGCACUGGUUGCAGGAGUAUUACUGGAAAAACAAGUGGUGGUAGUGUGCCCGAACCUGGGUGUUCUAUCUGCGGUUGUUUUGUCCCUUGUUCCCAUGAUUCGUCCAUUUCAAUGGCAGAGUUUAUUGCUUCCAAUCCUGCCAGGGCAGAUGCUUGAUUUUCUUGAUGCUCCUGUUCCCUUUAUUGUUGGUAUAGAGAACAAACCUGCUGACUUGAAGAUAAAAACCUCUAACCUUGUCCAUGUUAAUGUGCUCAAAAACCAGGUUAAAAUGUGUCAUUUGCCGGCACUCCCACGAUAUAAAGAGCUUGUUUCUGAACUUCGACCAUUCCACAGCAGACUAUCAUUAGAAAGACCAGUUGCUAUUCGGCAUCCAGUGUAUAGGUGCAAUGAAGUGCAGGCUGAAGCUGCAACACGAUUUUUGACUGUCAUGAGACGCUACUUGGAAUCUCUUUGUUCAGAUCUGAGAUCUCAUACAAUAACUAGUGUGCAAUCAAACAAUGACAGGGUUAGAAUGCCUGAAGUUGAUGUAGAGGCAGAGAGACCUGACCUUGCAUGCAAAUCAAACGCAUUGAAAAUCAGUAGCAUGACAGGAGUAGCGCAGAGAAUUUCAUAA